GAGGAGGGUGUGUGACACGAGCCUUCAUAUUUCUCUGACGUGAGAUACAAGCUGUCAGAAGAGCAAGAAGUCAAAAAACAGACGACAACAAAGGCCAGCCAAAGAGGGAGAUGAGAACCCUUCAGAGCCAAAGUCAGCGCGUAGCCUUCAGGAGCCCGCACAGCCUCAGCAGCAGCGCCAUGAGUCCACUCAGCACUGCCAGCAUCACCUUCGCAGCCCUACUCAUCCUCACCAUACCAGUCUGUCACAGUGCUCCAGCAGAUCUUCAGCAGGCCACAACAGAUCAGAGGCAGCUACUCAGCAAGAUAGACGCCGUGUGCUCAUCCUACCUCUCUGCAGACCUGAGGUUUUUGCCAUCUGAUGUCUUAGGGGAACUCUGUGUCUUGAUGCUGGUUCAGAAAUCUAAGGAGCUGAAUGUGAGAGAAAAUAGUAAAAGGGCUGAACUCCAGGGACCUGGAGGAAUCCAGAGCAGAGGCUAUUUUCUCUAUCGGCCACGGAAUGGGAGAAGAUCCUUAGAAUAUGAAUGAAUUAAGGGUCUCCAGCUUUGAUGCUUAGUGUAUAAAAACAAAACAGACCCUGAGACCCAACUGCUGCACUGCCACUCAGCGAUCCGGACUUCAAUCACAGCCCUCUGCCUCUGCUGUAUAGUGAUGUUUGAAUGUACACAAAGGAUAUUAAUUAAAAUACUAUUCAUUUGUCCAGAUUUUAUUUUGUGUUAUCUGUGGGUCAUUUUCAUUAAAACUGCUGUACUAU